AUGCGAGUUCUACUGAUUCUGAUAGUCGUCAUUGGGAGCUGCUUCUGCGAUUCAAAUGGACGGGUUUCUUCGCCGCGCACUACAACUAUCACGACUACGAGAACUACAACUGCGAAAUCUACAUCUACGAGGGCUACUACUACCACUACUACUACCACUACUACUACUACUACUACUACCACCACUACCACUACCACUACCACCACUACUACUACUCCUCCUGCUCCGCCAACUGUGCUUAAUGCUACCAACGUCCGUAUUCAAUCCAAGACGGUUUUUUACUGCAACAAAGCAUUCAGGACUCCACAUGGUGGUAAGACAAGCUGUGGACGAUCGCAGGCCAUGGAGACCUUUGACAUGGUAUUGCCGCUGAUGGACGAUGGUUCUUUGACCAUCCUUGAGGACAUUUACGUUGUUAAGGAUGGACAGGUAUCUGUCGUGUCUUGGCCAAGUCGACCCUAUCAGUAUAUUGUUUACUUCACGACUCCCACUGAGAGGAGAAUCCUGCAGAUUUACGGUCACGGGUCCUACGUCAUCGAGGAUGAGCCAGUGAAGUCCAUCCAAACAUUUGGUGAGCACAGAAAUCUGAGAGAUGACGGCUGGGAAUAUAAAGGUAUUGUUAUGGAGAAUGCUGUGAAGCAGACUCUCUGGGUCUCUACUGGUGGUCUACCCACGGGUGGUGGCGGAGAGCAGGAGUUCGAUCUACUUGGAGCCGCUGAAGUGGCGCCCAAUAAAUGGAAGUUGUAUCUGGAUGAGACCAACACGACUUUGAACAGCAUCGAAGGGGUUGGUGGUUCCGAUGAUACCGUCUUACAGCGGACGACUAUUACCUUUUGGGCUGAUCUGGCUGAGGAGAUGACGGUGGUGCAGGCUAUGAGGGCUGUGUAUGACGAUUAUGAUGUGAAAUUUCAAAGCUCUGGCCCGGGCGACCCUGAAAAAGUCCCUCCUAUCCAUCCCCAUUUGGCCGUGACUCACGUCAUCUCUGAGGACUCUCGACAAUUUUUCGAGCGGAAAACACCGACCGAUUGUAAGUCUGAAGCCGCUGAGAAGAGAUCGCCGCGGCCCAUUGCUUGCUAUACGAUACCCCCAGGGAGUAGCUCUUACGCCUUCUUCCAACCUGGAUCUGGGAGACGCCUUUCCGUGGUUAAUGAGUUCGAGUAUCCUACCGGGUGUCGAACUAAUAGCGCACAAUUGCAAAAGCCAAAUGUGUGUCUAGCCAUUUACGUGGGUAGGCAGCCUGACACAAUCAAUAUUUUCGUCGAUAUGCUCAUGCAAGAUCUAAAGUCACCCUGGUCAGCUGGUACCGUACGUCUCCAUGUACUCCUGUCGGAGCCUGAAAGAAGCCUCGAAACCACAUACCUUACAGGGACGGGUUGUGCAACGUUCUGGCAGGUGACAACGGCCGAGGGGGUCGGCUUGGCUCUGAAUGUCUGUUUCGAGGACGCGGGAAGUACAGCUAAAACCACUCUGACGGCUCAUCAGUUGGGGGGUGCUGGUAAGAACUUAACAGUCGAGGGCUCAACUGAAGCCAUCGCGAAGCCUGGUGCUAGAGCGCGCAUCUCAGCUGGUGGCCGAAUUGUCGCCGCCGGUGAGGAUGAGUUCACCGAUGCCACAAUCUCUUUCGAUAUUAAUGCAUCUGACCGGAAUGUGAAGAUGGAUCUUUGGUCAUUCAUGGCCGGAGCUGAUUUUGAAGUUGGUAGGAAGAUACUUAAUUGGCGAUUGGUAUACCACUGGCGACUGGAGCAGUGGGCAGCUAGAACUAUCCACACUAUGCUUUGA